UCCCUCACUCUCUCCAUUCUCGCACAGUUCUUAGAUCUCACCCACUCCACUCCCUCCGCUCUCCCCCCACAGCUAGAGACUUCAUCUCCCACCGCCGCCCCCUCUUAUCCCUUCCCCUCCAAUCAUCCGACGUUGAUCAGGUGCGUGCACAACCGGCUCCCUCAUCUCCCACGGCAGCGGCGGCGAGGUGCAUGAGCGCGGCGUGCGGCGCGCCCGCCCCAACGGCGGCGGGGGUGGGCGAGUGGAGGAAGGACUGGCCGCUGCGAUCCGGCAGCUUCGCCAUGCUCUCCGACAAGUGCGGCCAGAUGAAGGCCGUCGAAGGUCACAAGGGCAGCUUGCUAUUCUACAUGACUUCAACACAUAAGGGAAGCUUGUUACAUUUACAGAAAGUCAUGAUGUUGGCAAUGGUAAGGGGGCGAAAUCAUGAAGGCAUGGUUUGUGUUGCAAGUCUGACAUACAUCUGCAUAAAACUCAGAGAAGUCAUGGUAAAAACUUGCUGUUAAGCGACGAUAUGGGCGUCAUAAAGAACUUCAGUCAUUUGAUUGAAGCGCAGAUCUGUACACGAAGACUGAGGGAGUCCUGGACUAGGGGGUGUCCGGAUA